CCAACACCGCAAGGAGCGCUUUCUACCUCUCGCUUCCCUGUUCAUCCCAGACCUACACGCCAUGCCGGAAACGGCAUCGUACUCCUCCAAUCAAGACAACAAGCCCCACGUGGCGGUCCUAGCGAACUCGGGCCUCGGCCACGUCAUCCCCCUCCUCGAGUUCUCAAAACGCCUCGUCAUCGACCACGGCUUUCGAGUCACCUUCCUCGUCGUCGCCACCAUCGACCUGACCCCAGUUCAAGACCAGCUACUAAAUGCCCCGGGACUCCCACGUGACCUGCAAGUGCUCGGCCUCCCAGCCGUCGACACCGCCUCCAUCGUCCCGGAAGACUCCCGCAUCCUCACCCGCAUAUGCCUCACCGUCGAAGCGAGCCUCAAGAGCCUCAAAGCCAUGCUCAUUGAGCUGAGCUCCCCGAGGGUGCUAGUUGUAGACUUGUUCUGCACUCAAGCCUUCGACGUGGCUGGCGAGCUCAGCAUCCCGACCUUCUCGUUCUUCUCGAUGUCGGCCUCGAUGCUCGCGUUCUCGUUGUACAUGCCGACACUUGACCGCGAGGUGAUGGGUGAAAUGGUGGACCUGCCCGGGCCGGUCUGGGUCCCCGGGUGCCAGCCGGUCCGACUGGAGGACCUGCUGGACCAGGUGAAGGACCGAAAAAACGAGGAGUACCUGUGGUUCCUGUACCACGUCAGUCGGCUGCCGAUGGCAGCGGGGAUCAUCAUAAACACGUGGGAGGGCCUCGAGCCAGGUUCACUCCGGGCGCUGAGGGAGGACUCCUUUUAUAGGCAGGUGCCGGUCCCACCGGUCCAUGCGAUCGGGCCGCUGGUGCACGAGGACGGGGACGCGGAGGGGUUGCGCUCAACAGAUGCCGAGUGUCUCGCAUGGCUGGACAGGCAACCGGAAGAGUCGGUUGUGUUGGUAUCGCUGGGAAGCGGCGGGACGCUGACGAGGGAGCAGCAGGUGGAGAUGGCCUGGGGUCUGGAGCUGAGCCAGCAGAGGUUCUUGUGGAUCGUACGGAAGCCCACGGAUGCCUCUGCCUCCGCUGCGUUUUUCAAUGUGGGGAGUGACGAGGAAGAUGAUCCGACCAAGUAUCUACCACUAGGUUUCCUGGAGAAGACUCGAGAGGUAGGCAUGGUGGUGCCCUCUUGGGCCGCCCAGGUGGCCAUAUUGAGCCACCCCUCGGUCGGAGCAUUCCUAUCGCAUUGUGGCUGGAACUCGUCCAUCGAGAGCUUGGCCAAAGGCGUGCCAAUGAUAGCCUGGCCGCUCUAUGCUGAGCAGAGGAUGAAUGCGGCGAUGCUGGCAGAAGACGUCGGGGUCGCCAUCAGGCCGUCGGUCGAGGAGGGAGGGAAGGUGGUGGGGAGGAAGGAGAUCGAGAGGGUGGUGAGGGCCGUGGUGACGGGAGAAGAAGGGAAGAGAAUGAGACGUAGGGCUCGAGAGAUUAGGGAUAGCUCGGUCGAGAGCUUGAGCCACGGCGGGUCGUCUCAGGCGUCACUCGCUGCUGUGUGUGAAGAUUGGAAGACGAAGUCUAGAGGAUGUGAGGGAGAGCUCUAUGCGGACUGUGCUUCGUAGUAUGCACUCGCGUAAUGAACUCAUAACUUCGGAUGUCACAUCUUUUGACUCAUUUGUACGUGAGAUAAUAAGAUUUCAUGUUUGAGAGUUG